CUGUAACGUUACAUCCAUUUCAUAAGAAAAUAAAGUUGUUUACCUUCAACUGGAAGCGUGUUUAUUGACAUUUUAAAAUCAUUUCUUAACGUCAAUUCAUGUUUGAUGUCCGGCGUUUGUAUAAAAGUGUCGAGAAAGGUGUGCUAACGUUAGCUCACGAAUGCUAACGGCUACAAUUUGCUAACUUUGCUAACAAGUAAACAUGCUGCUUCUAGUAGCUUUUAAGACUCGUAAACACAGAAGUUAAUAAACGACAGCGUGGUGAGAGGAUUCUUACUUUCAGAAGCAAACAGCCGGGAUGAAGAAGUGGAACUGGAGAGAAGGACAGAGACCCUACCGGCGACGAGGUGGUGGUCAGCGCCACGGUUGGUACAGAGGCAACCGGCACAGGUCAACACAGGAGGACCAGUGGUUUGGAUAUAAUGAUGCAGGGCCAUCAUACAGAGCACCGCAGAGGAGAUAUGAAAACCAGUCCACCUCUUCCACACCCUCAUCCUCCUCAUCAUCUUCCUCUUCCUCCUCUAAGAGCAGCAGUGCUGCACCAGAGCUGCCUGGUUUCUACUUUGACCCGGAGAAAAAUCGUUACUUCCGCCUGUUGCCUGGACACAACAACUGUAACCCGCUGACCAGAGAGCAGAUACGGGAGAAAGAAAGAGAGAAAGAGAGAAACAAGAUGCUCGCAGAAGAUGAAAAACCUAGAAAAAAAGCACCAAGAAACGGACUGAACAGUUCGCUGCUGCUGCAGAAAAGACACCUUGGCCUGUUACCCGAAAACUCCUAUUGCAGGCUGGUCCAUGAGGUGAAGGUCAGUGGAAUGAGACGCCACAAAAUAGAGAUCCAGAGCACGGACAACAGCAGCAACCCCAACACCGACAACUUCAGACUCAUAGUGGGGGACUCUGCAUGUGAGCGAGUCUUCACAGUCAAUGACGUGUCACACGGAGGCUGCAAGUACGGCAUCAUGAACUUCAGCAGCAGCAGCCGGGGCUCUCUGUCUGUGGAAAUGUGCGACAACCUCUACUUCACCAACCGCAAGGUGAAUUCCAUCUGCUGGGCCUCUGUCAACUACCCAGACUCUCACGUCUUGCUGUGUCUGGUCGGAGCUGCGGACACCCCCGGCUGUGUCAGCUUACUUCCUGCUUCCCUCUUCAGCAACUCCAACCCAGAGCAGCCGGGCAUGCUGUGCAGCUUUAAGAUCUCCUCAGCCUGGUCUUGUGCUUGGUGCCUCAACCCCCAGUUUGACAAAACCUUCAGCACUGGUCUGUCCCGUAGGGUGAUAGUUAAAGAUGCAGAGACGGGGCGAACGCAGACGUACAGCUCCGGCAGCGAUGUUUUGGCUCAGCAGUUUGCCCUCAGAGUCCCUGUGCUGUUUAACGGUUGCCGAUCAGGAGAGAUCUUCAGCAUCGACCUGCGUCAGCGCGGACGCAGGGAUCAGAGCUGGAAGACCAGCCGCUUCCAUCAAGAGUCAGCCAUCACCUCCGUACGCGUCCUGCAGGAUGAGAACUACCUGCUCGCUGCUGACAUGCUGGGCCAGAUUAAACUAUGGGAUGUGCGAGUGACGAAGCCGGUACAGGAGUACAAAGGGCACUUUAAUGAGCACGCCUACCUUCCCAUUCACGUAAAUGAGCCUGAGGGGCUUCUGCUGGCAGUCGGUCAGGAUUGCUACACCAGGAUAUGGAGCCUAAAAGACGGCCACCUGCUGAGGACCAUCCCGUCACCCCACGCGGCCGCAAACGACUUGAUCCCGAGCGUGGUCUUCUCCUCUAAGCUGGGCGGCUGCAGGGGGCUCCCCGGCCUGCUCAUGGCCGUCAAACACGACCUCUACUAUUUCCCGUACAACACUGACUACCAGGACGGAGGAGAGCAGCCGGCCAGCUUUAAUUUAGGAGAAGACUGAGAAUGCCUUAUCUCACAAAUCAUUUAAAAAAAAAAAUUCUGCCAAAUGUAUUAAUGAAGUAUUUCAUAAUUGAAGGGGUUGGCCGGUAUGCAGUUUAUUUGUACGAGGCUGUGCUGAACUUUCGGAGAAAUGAACUCAGAAGAGUGCGUUUAAGUCUCAGGGGAAUGUUAUUUUUGACCUACUUGUUUGUGCCAAAAGGAAGACAGAAGUGCCGCAUACAUGAGUGCACACAGUUACUACAGUUGAAGGAAUACUUCCCCCGCACAGUGAUCAUUUAUCAAUUACUCAGCGUUUCGUUGAAUUUAUGAAGAAAUCUUUCAGGGUUCCCACACAUUUCCAAGGAAUCAAUUUUUAAAAAAAUCACAACAUAUCAGAUUCAAAUUCUAUUCAAACGUAAUUCCAGGUAGCUGGCAUUCAUGAAGGGAGAGAUGGAGAGUGGGGAGAAAAUGAAGAAACUUACAUGACAGCACAUCGGCACGUUAGAGCUAAGUUAUGCUGACAGCCAUAAAUAAAUGUGAAAGGGAUGCACAAUAUUAGAUUUUUUUGCCGAUAUCCGAUAUGCCGAUAUAUAACAACCCAUUUGGCUGAUAACUGAUAUCGAUAUAUUCACUUUUUCCCCUCCCAAUAUUAGUGAUCAUAAAGUCUCUUCUGUAGUGGAAUUAACAUCAUACUGUGCAUUCUCUUAUUGUGACGGCCCACCAGCAGAUGGAGACAAAAACGCUAUGCCUUUCAGUACAUGUAAUGUGCAUUCAAUGUGCAAAAUAAGAAAAAUACUGAGGGCUGAUGUUUUCUACUGUCCACUUUGUCAAAUAAAAACAAAAAUAUAUCGGCAGAAAUCAGCAUGUUGGCCAAUUCACAUAUUUCAUAUUAAAGCAUAUAUCUGCCUAUGCAGGUGACGUGCCAAUGUUACCGUGCAUCCCUAAAAUGUACCACUAUGUUACAUUACAUGGAAGGUUCAUCACAGAGGAUUGUUGUAAUAAUUUCACACAACAAAUUUCCAUGACUUUUCCAAAACUUUCAGUGAUUUUUUUACUAAUUCCAUAACUCUCCCAGGCCUGGAAAAUGACAUUUUUUGAUUUUUCUGGGUUUUCCAUAACCAUCGGAAGGCUUAUCUUUAUUUUUGCAUAACCCCACAGUGAACGAAGAAUCCAAAAAAGCUAGCAUUCUUAAUGAAUUAAAGUAAUAGGAAGCAAUGUUUAACAACAGCAAAACCAUAUCAAAACAGCCGUUUAGAACCUCAAACAAUUCGUGCAGCAUAAUCCAAGUCUCAUUUAUCCAGUCACAUGCUCACUUCUUCCCAAACACAUGCAUUUAUGCAAAGAAUAUCACAAUGUCAAGCACUUCUGCCUAUAAGUAGUGCAGCUUGAGUAUGUUUGUGUAUGUAUGAGCUCCACAGAGUUCAAACUAGCACUACUGCAACCUCUAAAAAAAAGCUUAAAAUAGCCGCAUACAGACAUAAUAGGAUGUGAUCAACUCGCUGCAUUUUGUUACCCACCAUUUUUGAUGAUCCUGUGUUCUUCAGGUGUGUAUUGAUUGUAGGAUGUUCGGAUAGUUGUUGUUUGAUACAGAUUUUUCAGUUUGAAGCGUUUAAACAGAAUCAAAACUCCAGAGAAACAUUCCUCCAAAAUGAGACAUGCCUUUUAAAAAACAGGUAUAUCACAGAUUUAUCAAACAAUAAAACUGAGAUUAGACCAAAAAACCAGCCGCUUGUGGGCUGUUUCCUCUCUGGUGUCUUCCCUAUUGACUAAUUUCAUACAGCUGCCUUUAAUGAGGAUCCUGAGAUGUCACGGCAGGCGGUGCAUUUAAGUGACCCUCCAGAAAAGGGGAAAUUAAAAGCAAGUACAUUUGAAGCAGUAACUGUAUGUAAAGAUGGGCACUUCCUCCCACUGCCCAAAAAUAAAGCCAAAAUAUCCCGUAAACAGCUGCUGUCGUCACACAUUGGGACAUCAUUUGGAGCCAGCGUGUAUAAACACUCCUCCAACCAAUCGCAAGCACACCAGUAAGCAUACACAGCUGUCAGUCAUGUAGUCAAACCCCCUUUUGACAACAUUAAGUUUAGUUUUGCUGUUUUAAAUGUGGCCGUCAGUUACUUCAGUCCAUAAAGAGGUUAGCCUUUUUUGGAUUCUUCAUUCACCAUGAAGGCACGCAAGAAAAACGUCACGAUUAAAAGGUAAUGCGGCGAGUAACUGAUAUUGAAAUGGUCAUUUUAUGGGUGAAGAGUCCCUUUAAGAGUUCUUUAACCUUUACAAAUAAGUGCUCUUACUUAUGAUUGACCUUUGAUUUUUAAUGUAAUUUACGAUUUCUCUGAUUGGAACUUGAAAAGAAUUACGCUGCGUUUAUACUGUAAAUCAACACAUUUUCAUAUUGUUGAGUGACAAUUAUAUUCUAAAAAGACUCAGAGGUCUGCUGCUUUGUUUUUGCCUCUGAAUGAAACACAGACUCAAGUUUCUGCAGUUUAAUACAUACUGUACGAGCAUACAUGAGCAUAAAGGUACUGAUUUGUUCCUUGUGAUAUUCAUUGAGCACGUCUCUCUGAGAGGGACGUUCAAAGUGUUAUUUCAGUUUACUUGUUGCAAUAUUAACCAAACAAACUCUCCCAGUCAGUCGCUGAAAAAAAAAACACGUUAAUCAGUCAGAUCUCACAGACUGCAGUCGAACUCCUGACCGCGUCAUCGCGUUAUAUUUGUCACAUAAUUGUGAGGUACAGUCUCAAACGUUAAUAACAUGGUGCUCCUAGCUAACUAGCUACACAGCCUGAGUUGACAGAGUAACGCGUUACUCUUCUAGUUAUCUCCUGUUUUGAGGUUCCAGCCUCAAAGAUGGUUUCAAGUCUUUUCUGUUCCUUAUUGCUACUGUGAGCCAGCCACUCUAUAAAAGCUGCUGCAUUUCAUCCCACUGCGGUCAGAUUUGUCUUGUUAGCAGAUAGUAGUUUAAACAUUUUAAAAACAAAAUGAGGCCAUUUAAAAAUUUCCCUAUUAAAGUAAACUUUUUCCCCAUAUAUGUAUAUUCUAUGUAAAAUUUAAACAGUCAGUGUGGACAGCAUUAUUGAAGGGGAACCCCUGUAUUUUUCAACCUGGACCAUAUUUUCUCAUGUUUUUGUAUCUACGUAACUAAUGGGAACAAUUUUUGAAAUUGGUCCAGUACUGAGAGACACCGCUGCAGCCGGCGGCAGUGAAACAGGCUGCAAUGUAACCACUCAGGGCAGAUGCACAACUGUAAAUUUAUGUCCGUUAAAAGUGCUUGUUUUUGCUACUGACAGGCUCACAAGGUUAUUAUGAGUGUCUCAAAACAUUAGUGAAUGAAAACUGAGAUGCACAAUUGCUCAGAGAGGUUACAUUGCAGCCUGUUUUGCCACUGCAGCUGCAGCGCUCC